CGCUGUGUCCUUGGACACAGCGGAUCAUGGAUUAAAGAAAAGUGCCGAAGAUGUCGGUUCGGUCAUGUGAUCAGCUGUGUCCAAUCACAACUGAUCACAUGGGACAUCUACACUGAUCAUCAGUGUAGCCCCAGCAGUGCCACCUGUCAGUGCUCAUCAAUGCCACAUAUCAGUGCCCAUCUGAGCUGCCUUUCAGUGUCACCUAUCAAUGCCAGUCAGUGCUGCCUAUCAGUGCCAGUCAGUGUUGCCUAUAUCAGUACCAGUCAGUGCUGCCUAUCAGUACCAGUCAGUGCCGCCAAUCAGUGCCGUCAGUGCCGCCUAUCAUUACCAGUCAGUGCUACCUAUCAAUGCCAGUCAGUGUCACCUAUCAGUGCCAGUCAGUGCUGCCUAUCAGUGCGCAUCAGUGCCACCUAUCAG